CAAAGGCAUAAAAUUUGAAACACAGUUGCUUGAAUCCAUCAAGAAAGGCACCUGUCGAUUGUCGCGUUGUACAAGCACAUCUCUCUUUAUUUCGUCGACAUUAUGUGUUUGAAUCCUUACAAAGGAGAAAACACCAAACCGCAGCAUGGGAAUAAAAUGAAACAAUAUAACUGAGUAAAAGUCAAGACUUUUAUCAAUUGGCAAUAGUUCUGUGAUAUAUAUUUAUAGAUUGUCACUUGGCAUCAGUACAGAAAGGUCAUUCUAAAAAGCUUAAUAAAAUUCUUGAAAAUCUUUAAGCCAAAAGCAAGCUGAGAAGGACAUAUUGAAAUCGACAAUUGACAACAGCACGACAUUCACACAGAUGACAGACAUUGACAUUUUGUUUAUGUCAAAAAUCAAAUUCGCCAAAAUAUUAGUCAAAUUGAAUUUUAAAAACCGUUCACAAAACUUCGUGAAUACAGCCAAGAACAUUACAGCCAAUUCAAAGUCGAACGUUUUGAAGCGAUUGAAGAAUGGAAGGCACCAAAAGAGAAGAUGAACCGGUGAUUCACGAUAUUGAGGAAGCAUUUCUUCUUGAAAAGGCUGAAUUAAUGCAGGGUUUUAUGGAAGAAAGCAAACGUCUUGAAGUUGCGCAUCGCGAAGAAAUGAAUGAAUUGGUUCGCUGUCUAGAGCGAGAAAAAGAAAAAAUGAAGGAAGCUUUUGAGUAUGAGAAACAAGAACUGCAAAAAUACUUUGACAACGAGAAAGACAAAAUACGUCGCGAGUUUCAAGGCGAGAAACACGUGUUAAAGCAAGCGUUUGAAGACGAGCGUCUAUCAAUGGUAAGACAACAUGAUGAUGACAUAUCAAAUAUGAAACGAUUAUUCGAGCAAGAAAAGGAAGAAAUCAGAGAAGGAUUUGAACAACAAAUGAAACGACGCGAGGAAGAAUUUCUACUUGAAAAGCGAAAUCUGGAAGAAAGGCUCAACAUGGAAAUUGAACGUGUUGCGGAGAUUGAAGGUGAAUUAAAACAAAUAUUAUUGAAUGCAUUUAGUCAAUUGGGACAGCUAUAUGAACACGAAGGUGAGCAAAUAGCUAGUGAAUACACUACAGAAAAGCCUGAGGCGGAUCGCGAGGAUACGAGUACGAAGUCUGAGCGAAGGAAGAGCAAGAUCAGUCGAAAAGGUUCCUCCACUUACGAUGAACGUAAUGAAAUGGGAAAUAUUCUCACAAAAUGCCGUUCAGCUAUUGAACGCGAAUUUAGUCUGGAGAUGUAUGAAAUGGAACAACGAUUUCGUCAACAGAAAAACGAUUUAAUGGAGAUAUUCAAGUUGGAAAAACGUGAUCUGGAGAGGAAAACGAAACGUGAAAAACGCGAAAUGGAACGCGAAUUUGAAACACGGUAUGCGAAACAAAUGCAACAAGAACGAUUAAAGUUUGAUGCUGCCAUACAAGGAUAUGAAAACGAUAUUGCUUUGGUUAAAUAUCAAAAAGAACGUCUGGAAAUAGAAUUCAAUAUGGAAAUGGAGAAAUUAAAGUUGAAGCACGAUCGACAAAUGGUGGAAGUGGAGAAGAAAGUUUUAAGAGAAAAGAGAGAGUUGAAGCAAAUACUUGAAACAGAGUAUAAAGUUCAUUUAGCGGAGGAAAAAGGAAGGCUGGAAUGGUUUGUAAGAAAAUUACAAGGAAAACAAGAAUUCGGACAAAGUUUUAGUGGUUUCAGGGAGACCUGAUAUAAUUCAUAGCUACCCCCGGUCUACACAAAUAUAGUUUUUUUGACAAUUUAUCUCGACCGUUGAGCCUCAUAUUUAUUCAAAGAUGAAAAAUUAAACGUUGAAACAGAGGAUUGUUUUAUUUCUAAACAAUAUUUUCCUUACAGAUUCACAGAAUAAGUGUAGCACAUGUUUGCAGCUUGUGUAAACACGUCGAUCACAUGAUCAAAGGUUUAUUUCAAACAAUUUACCUACAGGAAAGCCGCCCUAUUUAUAAUCCAGUUGAUCAUAUCCUCUUAUAAACUAACAUAAAUACACAAAUACUACUACAAAGUUCAAAUGUUACAGCAGAUUUAUCUUCUAAAUUAUGAAAUCCUAAAGUGAAAUUUGAAAUACUCUAUUAAAAUACAUUUCACAAA